CGCAGAGCUGCACAAGAAAUUCUAAAGAGUUCAUCCGCAACAAAACGAAAAUAUCCAUCGUUCUAUUUAAAGCUGUCUAUAGAGUUCAAUACUAUAAUGCGAACAAGAAAAAGUUCAAAGUUCGUAAAACCUGAAAGGAAUAUGGCUGCAGAGCAAAUUAUGCAAUGUCCGAUUUGUUUGGAAACUAUGAAACCUCCGAUAAUUCAGUGCAAAGUAGGCCACAGCAUGUGUGGUUUGUGCAUUAAAGAGAGUGGCAUUAAAAUGUGUCCCACCUGUAGAGAGCAAUUAACUACUACAAGAAAUUAUCAGCUGGAACAAUUGAUAGAAGGAAUAAAAGAUGUUCUUAAAUUCGAUUGUGCUUAUCAGCAUAAAGGUUGCAAAUUCGCAGUCAACAAGCAAGAUAAAGAAACUCAUGAACUGGAGUGUAAAUUUAGAAAAUUUACCUGCGAAGGAAAAAAAUUUGCAAAGUGGUCGUGUAAUUGGUCCGGUGAUUAUUCAGAUAUUUAUCAACAUUUUAAAAGAAAUCAUAAAGAUAAUACUAGACUAGAGUUUAAAACUGAUGCUUUGAUGAAAGUUAGCCUAAAAACCAGCUUUAAUAAUGUCUAUCUAAUAUCUUUAUUCAGUGGGCAAAGUUAUUUAUACUGCAAACACAGAGUUGAUACAUCGAAUAAAAAGAUUUACUUUCAUUUUCAAUUUAUAGGAUUAAAAAGUCAAGCCCAACAUUAUUACUAUGAAUUUGAAGUUUACAAAGGCACUAGAAAAUUUAAAAUUACCGAAAUCUGCACAAACGACACAUCAAACAUUGAUAUAACGAAUAUGGCUGCAGAGCAAAUUAUGCAAUGUCCGAUUUGUUUGGAAACUAUGAAACCUCCGAUAAUUCAGUGCAAAGUAGGCCACAGCAUGUGUGGUUUGUGCAUUAAAGAGAGUGGCAUUAAAAUGUGUCCCACCUGUAGAGAGCAAUUAACUACUACAAGAAAUUAUCAGCUGGAACAAUUGAUAGAAGGAAUAAAAGAUGUUCUUAAAUUCGAUUGUGCUUAUCAGCAUAAAGGUUGCAAAUUCGUGGUCAACAAGCAAGAUAAAGAAACUCAUGAACUGGAGUGUAAAUUUAGAAAAUUUACCUGCGAAGGAAAAAAAUUUGCAAAGUGGUCGUGUAAUUGGUCCGGUGAUUAUUCAGAAAUUUAUCAACAUUUUAAAAGAAAUCAUAAAGAUAAUACUAGACUAGAGUUUAAAACUGAUGCUGUGAUGAAAGUUAGCCUAAAAACCAGCUUUAAUAAUGUCUAUCUAAUAUCUUUAUUCAGUGGGCAAAGUUAUUUAUACUGCAAACACAGAGUUGAUACCUCGAAUAAAAAGAUUUACUUUCAUUUUCAAUUUAUAGGAUUAAAAAGUCAAGCCCAACAUUAUUACUAUGAAUUUGAAGUUUACAAAGGCACUAGAAAAUUUAAAAUUACCGAAAUCUGCACAAACGACACAUCAAACAUUGAUAUAACGUUUGCUGAAGAAAAGUGCUUUGUAAUGUCGUUUACUGCUGUAAAAAAUUAUUUGAACGAGGAUGGUGAGCUUCCUUUUAAAUUUAGAGUCAUGUCCACUAAGAAAACUUCUGUAUAAAUCUCAGUUUUUCGUGUGACGCAUGUGCCAUUUUAGAAUUCGUAAACACAUUAUUUUCGCACUGUUAUAAAAUUAUUGAGGGCCUAAAAGACAGUAAAGACAAGAAAG